CAACUGACAAUCGUCAAAGAUGCUUGCAAAGGUACACUGAGAACAAACUGUAGUAAAGUCCAAACAGAGUUUAAUGUUGCUGUAUCGACUGUAACAAUGUCCGACCUACAGAAACCCCUAUAUUCCGGAUUGGUAAUGAGCUUGUUUAUCUUGAACUUACAAACGCCAAUCCCAGUCAAUAAACAACAGCAAGCAGUUUACUGGGUCCAACAUAUCAACUCAGCUGGCUCGACUGAUGUCUUCACAUAUUUUGCAAAUAAAUUAGGACAGAGGAAUGAUUGCGCCAGUGCCCAGAUCGACCUUGUUUUCCUUAUUGAUUCAUCCGGAAGUGUUGAAAAGCCUGACUUUGAGAAGACAAAAACUUUCUUGAAAAAUAUUGUGUAUAACCUAGACAUUAGUCCAGAAAAGACACGUGUUGCAGUGAUUAGAUUUGCAGAUACACCUAACGUAUCAUUUUUCUUAGGAGACCACAAUACGAACUUUGCAGUAAGAAAUGCUAUUGACGCUAUCAUUUACGAUGGUACUGGAACUGCUACGGACACUGCUCUUGACAAAGCACGUACCAGUGUCUUCACAAAUACAAGAAAAUCUGUUGCUUCCAAAGUUUUAGUUUUGGUGACUGAUGGAAAGUCAAAUAAUGAAAAUGAAACAAUAGCGGCGGCUGAAAAACUGAAAGAUGAUGGCGUCACUAUAUUUACGAUUGGAGUUGUCAAUCCAAAAGUGUCUGAGUUAAUUGCAGCAGCAAGUGAACCCAGUUGUACACAUUUCAUCAACUUGAAAGGUUAUAAUGAGACUGAUUUUAUUGUGAAGAAAUUUAGAUCUGAUUUUUGUGAAGAUUGCGCCAGUGCCCAAAUCGACCUUGUUUUCGUUAUUGAUUCAUCCGGAAGUGUUAAAAAACCUAACUUCGAGAAAACAAAAACUUUCUUGCAAAAUAUUGUAACUAAUCUAGACAUUGGUCCAGAUACGACACGUGUUUCUGUUAUUAGAUUCUCAGAUGAACCCGAUAUACCAUUUGGGUUAGGAACCUACAACACGAAAACUGCAAUAAUGAAAGCUAUUAGCGAUAUAGAGUACAUUGAUGGGAACACUUUCACACACUUGGCGCUUGAUAAAGCACGUAACAACGUUUUUACGAGUACAAGAAAAUCUGUUGCUUCCAAAGUUUUAGUGUUGGUAACUGACGGAAAGUCAGAGAGUGAAAAUAAAACAGUAGCGGCAGCUGAAGAACUGAAAGAUAAUGGCGUCACUAUAUUUACAAUUGGAGUUGUCAAUCCACUUGUAUCUGAGUUAAUUGCAUCAGCAAGUGAACCCAGUUGUACACAUUUCAUCAACUUGAAAGAUUAUAAUGAAAUUAGUUUUAUUGUGAAGGAAAUUCAAUCUGAUUCCUGUAAAGCUCCGACCGUUGUUCAAAAAGAAACUCCGUUACUUAAUAUUACCAUUCCAAAAACUAACGAGACAAAACAACAAGUCCUGCAGGUCACCAACACGACUAAGUCCACCUUGGGUACAACAGUUCUGGCGAGUGUCCAGUGUGGUGUGGUCAAUGUAUAUGCUUCAUUUAGCAGCAAUUAUCCUAAUGAAGCCGACUACGACUACAAGACUUUGGCAACUGAUGAUCAGCCAGGGAAAUUAUUUCUUGUACAAAAAUCAGAACUUGAGAAGCUUGCACUUAAUGUCCUUUCCCAAAAACGAUUCGAUCUCAAUUCCUCAGCCUGUGACAAUCCUUCCUACAACAUCAGCAUCAACCCAACAGCACCCAGAAUUGAAGCGGCUUGCAUCGUAAAACAUGUCAAUAGCUCAUGUACUGCAAAGCAACUCGACUCUGCAUGUUACAACACGACACCUGUUGUUGGUGAAGUCAGUCAAUUGUAUAAUAACAGUAUUCUCAAGAAUGGCCAAAUACAAGAACAAGUUUUGGAAAUCAGCAACAGUACAGAUUCUUCAGGAAGUACGAUUCUGGUGAGUACCCAGUGUGCCGAAGUCACUGUGUAUGGUGCCUUUAACAACAGUUAUCCCAUUGAAGCUGACCACGACUACAAAACGUCUGCAACGGAUAAGAAUCCUGGUAAAGUAAUAAUUGAUGCGAGAGAAUCACAAACUGAUAAUUUUACACUGACUGUCUUCUCUAAGAGACAAUAUGGCCCGAACUCUCCAGCUUGUGACCAUCCCUCCUAUGCAGUCAGCAUCAAACCAAACGAUCCCACACUUGAAGUAGUUUGCCAUCGAAAACAAGAUGAAAGACAUUGUACUCCUGUAGAAUCUGAGUCUAAAUGUUCUAAAUUGACCACAAUGCAUACAAUAACAGCAAUUGAUGUUGCAGUCACAGCGAAAGAUGUUGCAGUCAAAGCAACUGAUGUUGCAGUCACACCGACUGGUGUUGCAGUCACACCGACUGGUGUUGCAGUUACUAAACAACUUUCCAUAAAUGCAUGGAUUUAUGCUGGACUCUUACUUGUUUGGCAAAUGGCUUGAUCAGAAGCAACGACCAGCUAUAACUGCUACCAAUACCAAUGAACUGUUAUAGACUCAUACAAACACAUCUAUACAUACAUAUAUGUAUAUAUAUGCACAGAUAUACAGUCCACUUCCUCCCUUCACCAUCCUCUCUGCUCUCGUGUGACCUGUGGUCAACUUUCUUUUCACUCCAGCCGCUGUGAAGGCAAGACGAACUACUAGCGUUCUACCUCAGAUUUGCGUUUGGCCGUACGGCUUUUGAAUGUUGUUUUCACUGUCCAAUUUUUCCUGUCUUGGUUUGUGUUUGCCACCUUGGAAACCUCUGUGUAGUGGGUUGAUCCAUUACUCAGGAAGAGACUAUUCUAGAGUACGUUCUGUCUUAUCUUCGAAACGUCUAGAUAGAAUAGAGACAGCUGAUGAAGGGAUAU